CGCUGGGCUGCUCCGUCAUGAAUAUUCAGUGAGGAGCGACGGGACUUCUCGGUUUACAACAGAGCGCGUCCGUGCGCGUGGUGGGAACGGUAGCAAGAUGGCGGCGCUGAAGGAGGAGCAGUGCUACGGACUGUCCUGUGGAAGAGUGAGCAACGGCAGCAAUGUCUCCGUCUUCCACGUUAAACUCACUGACAGCGCGCUGAGGGCCUUCGAGGGCUACCAGAGCGGCAAGGUGCUGUCAUCACGACCAUUGAUCAGAUUUAAUGGAAAUCAAGGGAAGAUUUCAAUACCACGGUCAGAAAAUACCAGUGAACUGCAAACGUUUACUUUCUACCUGUCGAAUGUGGGCAGAGAUAACCCCCAGGGAAGUUUUGACUGCAUCCAGCAGUACAUCACCAGUGAAGGGAGCAUUCAGCUGGAUUGUUUGGGAUGCAUCCAGGACAAGAUUACAGUAUGUGCCACAGACGACUCCUACCAGAAGGCCAGGGAGAACAUGGCCCAGGUUGAGGAGGAGACUCGCAGUAGGAGUGCCAUCGUCAUCAAGCCUGGGGGGAGAUACGUGGGCAAAAAGGUUCAGAUACGGAAACCGGCACCUGGACUCUCAGACAUUGCCCCAUCGCGGACAACAUCUAGGCCCGUCCUCAUCUCCAGCAAUGCUCUGAAGAAAGGCGCGACUCAGAACCGGCCACUCAGAGAACGUCUCAUACACUUGCUGGCCCUCAAGCCUUACAAGAAGCCUGAGCUGAUCCUAAGGUUGCAGAAAGAUGGCCUCUCACUUUUAGACAAAGACUCCCUAGACAGUCACCUGCAACAGGUGGCAAACCUGAAUGGGAGAGACAGCACCUUCACAUUGAAGGACUUUUUGUAUAAGGAAGUUCAGAAGGACUGGCCGGGCUACACAGAAGGAGAUCAGCAGCUUCUCAAGAGAAUCUUGUUUAGGUACGUCAGGCAUGUGGAUCACUCUCACUUGAAAACCCACAUGUCACCCUGCUGCUACAAAUUUAGACCAGCUUAACAGUUGAUCUUAAAACAU